AUGAAGGGUGUGAUUAGGUUUGGAAAAAAGGGCAAGCUUAGCCCUAGGUUCAUUGGACCUUUUGAGAUAUUGAGCCGAGAGGGAGAGGUGUCCUAUAAGUUGGCCUUGCCACCCAGUUUGUCGGCAGUUCAUCCUGUUUUCCAUGUCUCUAUGCUUUGGAAGUAUAUUACGGAUGAAUCACAUGUGCUUUCACUUGAUUUUGUGGAGUUGGGUCCAGACUUGACAUUUGAGGAGGAGCCUAUAGCUAUUUUGGAUAGGCAGGUUCGAAAGUUUAGGACCAAGGAGAUUGCUUCAGUGAAGGUGCAGCGGAAGCACCGAUCGGUGAGAGAGGCAACUUGGGAGACAGAGUCUGCCAUGCGUGCCAGAUACCCUCAGCUUUUUGAAGCUUCAGGUACUUUCUUUCACUUCAUGUUCGAGGACGAACAUGAUUUUUAG